AUACAUUAAAAUUUCUGUGUCCUAUUUUAUUAAUAACAUGUACGUAUAAAACAUAAAUCUAUAGAUAUAUUUAAUUCAAGACAACGGAGGUAUGUAUUGCAAUUCUACUUUGUUUAUGAAAUAAUUCACGUUUCAUCCAUAAGAUGUUCCGAUACAUCGAUAUGUUCAUGGCUAUCCUUAUUUACACUAAUUAACAGUUUUCGUUUAAAAUGUUUCGGCUUACCUGAUACUCCCAAAAUUUUACACUUUAUUCGAUUACAAGGUAACUGUACGAAAUGUAAAUUGACAAGUACGACAAAAUGCCGCCAAAAUCAGACCCUGAAAAAUCAGAAACAGAACCAACAAAGAAGCCUGUAAUUGUCAUAUGCGGUGUUCGCGGUCCCGGACCUAAAUAUCUGCUUAAGACCCUUGUGGGUUACAAAGAGCAUUGCUUGUCCAAGUAUCGGAAUCCAGCGUAUACCUUCGGAGCGAGAUUUCUUAGAUUAAAAAAAUGUGAUGGACCAGGACCAAAGUAUUUGAUACCGAGCCCAAAACAUGGUGGUUAUUCUUUUGGAUCAACCGGCAGAGGCCUUGAACCGUUUUGUACUCCUGGCCCAUAUAUUUUACCGACUCCGAAAACUCCAGCAUUCUCGUUAAGGUUUAGAACUAAACUCAAGGGUGAAUGCGCAACACCGGGCCCAUACUUAAUAAAAACGCCUACACCAGGUCCAGCGUUCUCGAUUGGAAUUCGCACACCAGUUUUGAAAUGUUCUCCUACACCGGGCCCUUUCGCUUACGAAGAGAAAACGUGUAAGGCAAGUUUCUCUAUAACAGGUAGGAAACCUGAGAGAAUUAUUUGUCGCAGUCCGGGUCCUAUUUAUAAUGUUAAACCACCAAAACCAAUGCCUGCCUAUUCAUUUGGAGUCAGACACAGCGAGUGUGCUCCUCCUUACAUUGUCGAAUGCGACGAACUGUGCUAGGACACGAAAAAAAGUAUGUAAUUCGAUUUUAUUUCACAAUGUAAACGCAUAUGAAGCAGAUCCUGCUGCAAAUAUAGAAUAAACCGGCUAAACGUUGUACAGUUCAUUUUGUAACACAUAGUUUCGAAGAAUUAUACAAUUUCGAUUAUUC